CACACUAGACAACACAAUAGGGGAAGGAGAAAAAGCAUUAUCGCGAGAACACGACGCGUUUUUACGCGCGCUGGAUGGCGCUGGAUGGCGCUGCGGGAUGUUUCGGAAUUUUUUUGCGGGUUGAGAUUUUUUUUUUCGCCUACAGGUUUCUGCUCGGAUAGGACACAAGACCGCGUCUGGACGGAGGCACAAGGCUGAGCAGAGAUAAGAGAUAUUGGCCACAAGACUAGAUGGUGAGAAGGGGUUAAAGAGUGUGCAGGCUUGGCUAAGGGAGCACAUGCUGUCCUGGACUGAAGUAAAACAACGACACCAACUUAGAGGCACACUCACAACCCACGGAGGAACUUCAAAAAGUCUAAGCCAUUUGUUGCAUUUUAUGUCACUUUGCCACUAUAUACGGGUUGGGAUAAAUUUGUGAGAAAAACACGCCUCUGUAACAUCCUUCCUCCUAAACGCAGAAGGAGAAACAUUGUUGAACUGUUAGCACACCUGUUAGCGACUCCAGUACUCAUUAAGCUACACACAACACUACUUUAGACCCACACACCGCCCUCACAUGGGAGUGACAUAGGAGCACGUCCACACCAACAUCCCAGCCUGUGUUUUUGUCUCACACCCAUACACUUCUCUAAAAUCGCACACUUGCAUCACUUACACCCGCUCAGGAUGCCUUCCUCCUCCUGCGCGAUCGGCUGGAGAAGGAAGCAGCCUUUGUGGUGACUGGAGAAGGGAGCGGGGCGGCAUCCAUGUCGUGGAAGCGGAACUACUUUGCGUCUGGCAGCAGCGGGCUGCAGAGCAUUUCAAAUCCGCGCACCAUGAACUCCAUCGCCCCCAGCAAAGGCCUGAGCAAUGAGCCGGGCCAGAACAGCUGCUUCCUCAACAGUGCACUGCAGGUACUUUGGCACCUUGACAUCUUCCGUAGAAGCUUUCGGCAACUGACCACACACAAGUGCAUGGAGGACUCGUGCAUCUUCUGCGCUCUUAAGAGCAUCUUUGCCCAGUUCCAGUACAGCAGUGAGAAGGUGCUGCCGUCAGAUGCCCUGCGCAGCGCUCUGGCUAAGACCUUCCAGGAUGAGCAGCGCUUCCAGCUGGGCAUCAUGGACGACGCUGCCGAGUGCUUUGAGAACCUGCUCAUGCGUAUCCAUUUCCACAUUUCCGACGAGACUAAAGAGGACAUCUGCACAGCCAAACACUGCAUCCCACACCAGAAGUUUGCCAUGACACUAUUCGAACAGUGUGUGUGUAACAGUUGUGGAGCCACUUCAGACCCUCUUCCCUUCAUUCAGAUGGUGCACUACAUCUCCACCACAUCUCUCUGCAGUAACCAGGCCGUGCGAAUGCUUGAGUGCAGGGAGAAGCCGACCCCGGACAUGUUUGGGGAACUUCUGCGCAACGCUAGCACCAUGGGAGACCUGCGUAACUGUCCGAGUAACUGUGGAGAAAUGCUGCGCAUUCGCCGUGUUCUGAUGAAUUCUCCUGAGAUCAUUAGCAUCGGCUUGGUGUGGGACUCGGACCACUCGGACCUGGCCGAGGAUGUAAUCCAUAGCCUGGGCACAUGCUUGCGUCUGGGGGAUCUGUUCUACCGAGUGACAGAUGACCGGGCCAAGCACUCGGAGCUCUACCUGGUGGGCAUGGUGUGUUACUACGGCAAGCAUUACUCCACGUUUUUCUUCCAAACCAAGAUACGCAAGUGGAUGUACUUUGAUGAUGCCCACGUCAAAGAGAUUGGGCCCAAGUGGAAAGAUGUGGUUGCACGGUGUAUAAAGGGGCAUUACCAGCCCUUGCUGCUGCUCUAUGCUGACCCUCGUGGGACGCCUGUGGCAUCACAGGAAAUGCCUGCGGCACAGCUGGAGAUUCACCACUGCAGCAAGGCCGGCUAUGACAGCGAAGACUCUGGGAGGGAGCCGUCCAUCUCCAGCGACACACGCACAGACUCUUCCACAGACAGUUACAGUUAUAAGCACUCACGCUCACACCACGAGUCCAUGGCCUCCCAUUUUUCCUCAGAUUCUCAGGGAACUGUGGUGUGCAAUCAGGACAGCAGCGGCUCACAUAACAGCAUGGACUCUGCAGGUGACAUCCUAAACGAAAAGGCAGCUCCUCAAUCUCCACCGCGGCCAUCCUCCGUAGGACGACUGUCCGAUUAUAAGAAAGUGGGCACAGGUGAUGGUGGAUCUGAAGCUGGGCCGCAUGCCAGGGACUGGGAGGAUGAGAGCACCAGCAGUGAGUCCAAGUCCAGCUCCAGCGGAGGACGCUACAGGCCGUGCUGGAGGCCGAGGAGAGAAGUGCUGAACAUUGACAGCAUCUUCAGCCGUGAUAGGCAACGGCUAGGCUCGAGCCCACUCCCUGAGGAUUCCGUCCCACAGAUGCCUAAUGAAUCCUUUCCUGGGAUGGGAGAAGAUGUCAUGGACUCCACAGAAAUGCAGGCUCUGGAUAUAGUGGGAGGCGGGUCUAAUGUAGAAAUGGGACACCUUCCACUCCCGGCUGGUCUGCGCGGCGUGGCUCAGCCACCGAGGUUAAUCCAGAGGAUGGAAAGCGGCUAUGAGAGCAGUGAGAGGAACAGCAGCAGCCCCAUCAGCAUGGACAUGCCUCUAAAUGAGAACCUCAGCAUCAGUGCACACAGGGAAGCCAGCAGUAAAAGGCAGAUGACGUCAGGGCCUUCCUGGAGAACAGUGCCAAAAUCCAAGAGCAGCAGUGCCAUCUUACAAGACGCGCAAUCACCCAGCUGGAGCAGCAGCCCUGUAAAUCUGGGGGAGGGCCGCAGUGAACUCGACGAGCUGCAGGAAGAGGUGGCACGCAGAGCAAGGCAACAAGAGCUCCAGAGAAAGAAGGAAAAGGAGAGAGAGGCAGCCAUGGGCUUCAAUCCCAAACCCAGCAAGUUUAUGGACCUGGAUGAACUCCAACACCAGGGGAAGGGGUGCAGUUUUAAGCGCUGCCUGGCGGAGGCGGAUGCUCUGUUAGAGCAGUCGCUGCGCCUGGAGCAGGCUGGAGACCCAGCCACCGCCCUGGCACUCUUGCGCCACGUUGUGUCUAAACUAAGAUUUUCCAUGCAUGAGGGCAGUGCUAACACUCAUAGCAGGACUAUGGCUGCUGACGCCAAGCUGCAAAAAUGCAUGAGGAGAGCUCGAGGCCUACAACAGCGCAUUCAGCAGCAGCAGCAGCAACAGCAACAGCAGCCGCAGGACCCCAGCCGCCCACAGGGGCCUCGCAGUGAACAGCCUGGCUCGGUCCAAAUACUGCUGACAGACAAUCAGGAGGAGGUGUGGGAAGUCAAUCAAGACGCAUCCCUUGGCCCGCUGCCUCCUGCCCAGACGAAGCCACUCACCUCUAAUUCAUUAAAGUCACUUACCACUCCCCACACUCCCAUACCUCAGCCACGCUCACAAGACCCUACUCAAGGAAGUGAUCAGUCACUGAAAGUCACAGAAUGGGGUGGUGUAAAACUUUCCAACAUCUUGCAGGCCUCAGGCGGGCAGAUCAGGCCCAUCCAUAAGCACCUGGCCAUCUCUCUGCCAUCUCUCCCCUUGGAAUUCUGGGGUGUUCUGGAUGAAGAUGAAGAGCUUUCCCAGCACCAACAGCCUUUAGCUUCCUCCUCUACAUCCCCUGCUUCAUCCCUGUGGAGGGGCACUUCCGACAGCCCCUAUCCUAAUGUAGCAAACACAUUGCCUCAGCCUGAGAAUAGUGUACAGGAACACCCCAGAGCCCCAGUAUGGCAACCCUUACGCAAUCCUCUCUUCCCUCUGUCCCCUGUGUUAUCCCGCUCCAGCCCCAGACACGCCCCUGCUCCCGUCACAGCUCGUCAUUGGUCCUCCUGGAGCCUGGAUCGCCCUGAUGCCGUGGUCACACCCCAUGAGACCCCACCAGAUCAGAGCCACCUCAUUAGACCCACUGCUUCUCUACACUCACAUGGAUGGAGCGCUCCACCCCAUAGUCCAAUGAGCUCUAGGAACAAGAGUAUUAAAAAGUUUGCCAGCUCUCAAUUUGAGCCACAGCUGGAGGCUGAGGCUGCAGAGUAUGAGGAGAAGGAGCUUUCAGAACUGGACUCGCUUUAUCAGGCUAGUCUGCGAGCAGGCCGGCGUCUAAGCCCGGCUGCUGGGAAACCAGUGACUCCUGCAGCACGGCAGCUCCUCUCUGGGGUGGGACGCUCACAGACCCCCACGGCUGAGCUGGAGAGAACUGCAUUUGGAGCACCAGGCACUCGCAGCUCCAUUGCACACAUAGACAUGCCGGUGGAUGAUAAGCAGUAUGAUCCCGAUCACCUGCGCCGCAUCGCACGCAGUCUGAGUGGGACCGCAGUUGGACGUAGACAGGACCGUCUUGCUGUCUCACGCAGCUUUGACGUGUCCAGAGGGUCGCCAAGUUUCUGGCUGUGUCUAACCGGGGUCAAGCUCAGUCCAGUCCACCAGUGAAAUUUGACAGAGCUGUGCCACUGGUGUCCUGGGCAGUUGGUGUCCCAGGCCCAUCUAUAACACCACCUCCAUCUUUAUGAUCCCUGCAAGGAUCCCUGCACAUACAAAUAAGUAAUUGCUAGAAUGUUGUAACAGAGAUUAAUCCCAGUUACCUUAGCUUUUAACUACACUAGCCCACUGGAGCACUAACAGCUCUGGAGGGCUGGAUCCCUCUUGAAGCCCAAACUUCUAUUGUAGCUCUAGCCCCGCCUCUGUUUCUCAGACCAUGAUGGGCUCCCAUCAUUUCCUUUAUCCAUGUGGCGUGUUGCCUACUGUGUCUUCCUUAACUAUUUCCUCUCUUUAACUUUUUUCCCAUUUAGAGUGUGAUGGGCUGCUCUGCAUUUUCAGUGUUCAUGUUUAAUGGAUCUGGGUCAGCCUCCUCUUCCUGCCUUUGUCCUGCAUAGCAGUGAUUUAAAGUGUGUUAAAGAGCGUUUCCUUCCUGUCCACAGCAUGGUGAAGGGAGGGAUAGAGCUUAUUUUCACCCUUGUUCAGUUUACUGUAUGGGUUAAUGUGAUGGACUGAGUAGCUUGUGUGUGUGUGUGUGUGUGUGUGUGUGUGUGUGUGUGUGUGUGUGUGUGUGUGUGUGUGUGUGUGUGAGUGGCACUAACAGCAUGCUGUGGUACAAGAAAGGCUGUGAGCCUCGGCCCUCCCGCAGCGAGCCGUCCUACCCCGAGCACUUAACUUAAUUAAACGCACUGCGUGGAGCUGCAAAGCCGACGAGAUCCAGCAGCAUCCUGGAUAACUUUUUAAUAUCUCUGAGGUCUAUUUAGCUACUGCACAUGAUUAACAUUUGUGUGUGUGUGUGUGUGUGUAUAUGUGUGUGUGACUCUAUUAAACACUUAGAUAGGCCAAAUGUCCUCAUGAUGAUAUUAAUACAGCAUUGACGGUAUGAACAUAUUAAGAUUAUGCGGACAUUUGGUCAUCUUUUUUUCAAUAUGAAUGCAGCUUUUCUUUGAAAAACAAAAAAGUGAAAAAAUAUUUCUUUUUGGAUACUGAAGUUAAGGUUAGGAUUACGUUUAGAUGUAGCAUAGCAUUAUUUAGCUAUAAUACUAUACAAGUUAAUGGAAUUAACCCACUUUUGUUUGUGUGAGACGGGUUGGGUGAGCAAGAGUGUUGGGGAGGCCAUCCAUCUUCACUAACACCCAAUGUAACAACCCACAAUCAGCUCAAGCAAACUCCCCACAGCGUAUCCUUUCCACUGACAUUUUUGAAAGAGUUUUUUUCUUUCACUCUUGUUUUAGACUCACUUUUUGUAAGGUGAUGGACAAGUAGCUCAUAGUUUAUACUGAUUUAUUGACAUACACACAUACUUACACACCCUGUAAAACAAGGAGUAAGAGAGAAUGGAGGAUGGAGCUGUACUUAUCAGUUUUUGUUGUUGAUUUUUUUUUUUUUGGGGGGGGAUUUCUUCAUUUCUCAGCUCUGGCGCAUUGUCAGAGCACGCAUGUAUCUGUGCAGCCCUAGUGUGGAGAGCGGACGGGACUAACUCGAUCUUUUCUUCCUCUUGUAUGGGCAUUCCCUGUAGCACACUUCUGUUUUCUGUCUAGUGUUACAGGCAAAGACUGCUUCACUCUUUUGACUGAAUAUACACUAAUCAAUGAAUUUAUUGUAAAGGAAAAAAAAAUAUGAACACUAUGAAAUACUUACAAAUAAUCCAGAGGAAUGGAGAAACUCUACUUUAUGACGUUAUGGAAUGUUAAUUCAUUUUAGUGGUUCUAGUUACUAUCUGCAUUAAGACGAGUAUAGUACACUUCAGAAGUGUAAAGCUGGAGUCAAACUGCUCUUUGAAUUCUAUUGACAGUUCUCCCAUUUGUAUAGGGAGAUAUGCCAAGUUAAGCUUACUUUAUAUUUCUUUUGUAACCUGCAUUGACACUGAAAACGUAGCUAUGAGGCUGAAACAAAAUAGUCGAGCAUCUGUAGUGGGUACAUCCGGCCUAAAGACGGGUCAGAGUCAUUCCAUCUAGCUUUAGAAAGCAUUUCUUUAGAUUCACUUCUAAAAAACAAGUUCAAGAACGUCUGGCCCUGGUAGCUACUAACAUGUAGCAGAAAUAACUUGAUGCCCUUAUAAAUGUUUCAACGAUUUAUGAACGUUUUGCACAAAAGGUACUAUAAGGUACUUUAUGCUAUGAGCAUAUUGUAAUAAAAAGAAAUAUUUAUUGAAAUAUUGUUACGACGUUUAAUCAACGGUCUACAGAAGUUUGGUAUCAGAGUAGUUUGACCUUGCAGCGUGAAACCCAUUGAUUAUUAAUGGAGUAUUGUUGCUAUAUAAUUACUUUCACUUUAAAAAGUAAUCACUAAAUGCUUAACUACAGAUUGAUUCAAUUUGUCUGUUUUGUUUUGUAUUUCAUUCAGAAUUUAUUUAAGUGUUUCUCAACCAAAGAUUGGCACUAUUACAAAGCUCGCCCAUGUUACAAAUUUUUUUAAUUCACCUUUUUUUCACCUAAAGGGUGUUUGAGAAUGUAGCAGAGGUGGUGCACGAGUAUGCUAUGCAACAAAUCGCACUCUCCUGAACAACCAGCAUAGAGUCAGACUGGGACAAAGCCGUGUGUGUGCGUGUGUGUGUGUGUGUGUGUGUGUGUGUGUGUGUGUGUGUGUGUGUGUGAGAGAGAGAGAGUGAGAGAGAGAGAGAGAGAGAGUGUGUGUGUAUGAGAAAGAGAGAGAAGAGAGUGUGUAUUUGUGUGUGUGUGUGCGAGAGAGAGAGAGAGAUAGUGUGUGUGUGUGUGUGUUCCUCCAGACCUCCCUGGUUUUUCCUUUAACUAAGGAUGAAAGUGAUUUCUUGCCGAAUCGUUAAAUAUGUACAUAUUAAUGUCUGUAUGAAUAUCAGCCUUUGAAUGCCAGCUGUAGCCAGAGAGAGAUGGAUUUUUUGAAGAUGAAAAAUCAUUUCAAUGGUUUUUCCUGUUUGGGACUCAUUUGUAAAUGCUUGGGGCUGAGGGAACUUGUAUUUUUGCAAUAAAGUUAUUACCAA